AGCUUCCCUUGGAAUGACAUUCGCAUUUCCACGAAAACUAAACAAAUGACGUAGGAAGUGUUCGUGUGGAUCUAUCUAUGUUUACACAAUAAAGAGACGGAAGUGCAAGUUAUGCAUAAAGUCGACGCAUGCGUGCCUUUGCCGAGAGUAGCGGCGUCAUGACAACAGUUAGCCCUUCCUGUGUGUCCGCCAUUUUGAGAGAUAUUACUGGAAGUAUUUGCAGUUUUAUCAACAAAAUACAACUCGAAAAGUGUAUACAACUUGACGAAGUGGAAAAAACAAUGACUCCUACUACGGCAGUGCCUGUGAUCCGCUUGCCCCCCGGGUUGCCGACAGUGGUGAUGGGAGAUGGGACCAGAUGUCUGGUAGAUCACAACACUAUCUGGAUACCAGCUGGUAAUCCUGUUAACUUCUCCCUGGGUGCUGGUUACCCACAGCCAAGACUCCUGCAGCCUGAAGUUCAGCCAUCUGUGACUGGUAUCCCCCUUACUCCUGCAGUCCAGCCACCACCUUCCAGUAGACGUAGGGAGACGAUGCCUGUCAGCCAGCCGCCUGUCAGCCUGCCCAGUUCAGUGCUAGAGGUGAGGUGAGGUGAAAUUGAGUUUAACGUCGCGUCCA